AUGUAUUUCCUCGCCCUCCUCCUACUCCUCUGGAGCACCGCCUUCCCCCUUUCCACCGCUAACCCCCAUAACAAAACCCUCCUACAACUCCUCCACGAAGCCGACGCCGAAGCCGACCCCCCAACAUUCUCCACCCCUCUCCCACCGAGCCUCGACCCAUGGUACCGUCCCCCCUUCACCUACGACUGGAGGCGAACCGAGCCAGGGCAAGUUCUCAAGGUCCGACGCGCACCCCUGCUCAACUACACCGUGCCCAACGCGCUGCGCGCCUACCAGCUCCUCUACCGCUCCACCGACAGCAACUACGACCCGGCCUGGGACGUGACGACGGUCAUCAUCCCCCAGCGGCACGCGCGCUGCCCCGACCCGAGCUCCAACUCCACCACCUCCACCACCUCCUCCUCCUCAACCCCCCCACACCCACACCCAAACCGAAAACCACUCACCCCCUGGUGCGCGCACGCCCUCCUCUCCUACCAGCUCCCCUACGACACCUGCAACGUCGACGCCAGCCCCUCCUACGGCCUCUACCUGGGCGACCCCUAUGGCGAGAUCGCCGACGCGCUCUCGCUGGGCUGGUUCGUCGCCGUGCCCGACUACGAGGGCCCGCGCGCGAGCUACGCGGCGGGCGUGCAGGCCGGGCACGCGACGCUGGACGGGGUGCGCGCGGUGCUGCAGGUGGCGGGGCAUUUUGGGUUAAGGUUGGAGGUGGCCAAGGUCGCGCUGUGGGGGUAUAGCGGUGGUGCGCUGGCGACGGAGUGGGCGGCCGAGCUGUCGGUGCAGUACGCGCCGAAGAUGCGGAUCGCGGGGUUCGCGCUGGGGGGGCUGACGCCGAAUGUGACGAGCGUGACGGAGUAUUUGAAUGGGACCGGGGGGGCGGGGCUGAUUCCGCAGGGGUUGAUGGGGAUUUCGUCGCAGCAUUGGGAUGCGCGGAGGUGGAUUGUGAGUCGGUUGAAGCCGGCGCUGAGGGAGGUGUUUUUGAGUGUCAAGAAGAUGACGGCGGCGCAGGCGAUUCUGGCGUUUCAGUAUCAGGAUAUCUACUCGUAUUUCGUGGGGGGUUAUGAUGACCUGCACACGCGGGUCAUGCAGAACAUGUACGAUGUGGACGGGUAUAUGGGGUAUCAUGGGGUGCCGAGGAUGCCCGUGUUCAUCUACAACGCCAUCAGCGACGAGCUGAGUGAUAUCAAGGAUGUGGACGCGCUGGUGGACAGGUUCUGUGGUGUCGGGGCCAACAUCCUGUACCAUCGGAACACGGUCGGGACUCAUACGCAGGAGCUUGUCAACGGGAGACCGAGGGCGUUUGCCUGGCUGCGGAGUGUGUUGGAUGGGAGCUAUGAUGAGCUCUACUCCACGUUGGGGUGCACCAUCUACAAUGUCACCUACAACAUCGCGCCAUGGGUUAGAUAG